UUUUUUUUUCUGUUCUUGUUGGUUACAAACAUAUCUACAUAUUAUAUUGGCAUAUUUGUAUAUGAAUUUAGAAAAGAAGUGACGGCAGUGAGAACGCCUAAUUCCAACAGAAUUUUCGUAGAUCUCAUAAAACGCCCCAGUGGAGUGCGUACAACGUCUACGGUCUCCGGUGUACGAGGCAUAUAAAGUUUAUGCGAUUUGCGAAAAGAAAACUCACACUACACUUUGCCUUAAUUGCGGAAAAGUGAUUUGUUUCGUGCCGGCAGUGCGGGCGCGUGCAUGUGUGGGUGUGCGUUAAGUGCAGUCAGUGCCAAUCUGCAUGCAGGGCAUACACUGUGUGAUAGGUACUCGUUUAACUUUAUGAAUAUUUUCAACGAGCAACAACAGCAAUAACAACAAUAGCAACUAUAUUAGAAACAAUACGCAAAAGGCAAAGUCGGAGCGUAGCAUUCCUACUAAGAUGACGACAGCUAAAUGGAUAUGGCGAUUGGCGUUGAGCAUUCUAGCUUUGCUAGUCGUCACCUCAGAGGCCAAUGAACCGGGCGGAUAUAUACGUGAGGUCUGCAAAUACCGUAAGGCGAAAUUGCUCCAACCCGUCACCGAGUACCGACAGCGUCUACACAAAUUACGCGAACAGAUGAAAAUCCGUUCGGCUGUGCAGGGACUCGAGAUCGAUGCAUACAUUUUGCCACCCUACGAUGAGCAUAUGAAUAUUGAAAUAGGUGAACAUGAUCGACGUGUACAAUAUUUGACAGGCUUUACGGGCACCGGAGCUUUUGCUGUUGUUACAGCACGUACAGCGGCAUUUUGGGUGGAUAACCGUUUCGUGCAACAGGCAGAUGCAGAAAUCGAUUGUGAGUGGGAGCUAUAUCGCAUGAAUGAUAGCGUAACGAUAACAACAUGGCUUUCGGCUAAAUUACACGCAGAUCAACGUGUCGGUGUCGAUCCGCAUCAUGUGCCACAUCAUUUGUGGUUGCGUUGGCAGCGCGAGUUAGCGAAUAGAUUAUUGGUAUUGAGUAGAGUUAAUAAUAAUCUGGUGGAUAUGAUAUGGACGAAUCAACCGGCUCCAUCGAAUUUCACAAUUAGUGUGCAGGAGCGACAAUUUGCUGGCGAUAAGUGGGAGGAUAAAGUGGAGGAGUUGCGCUUGAAACUGCAAACCUUUAGUUGUGAUGCCAUAAUUGUGACGUCACUGACUGAAAUCGCCUAUUUGCUGAACAUACGGGGUAUGGAUAUACCAUACACACCGGUUGUUCGAUCAUAUCUCAUAGUUAGCCAUGAUGAGAUAUUCUUCUAUGUGGAUCACAAUAAAAUGUCGCAAGGAAUUGAUUUUCAUCUGCGCACGGACUGCUACAAUGAACGUUGUGUGAGAAUAAAGGAGUACAAUAAAAUCUGGAACGAUCUACGUACUUAUGCACAGAUUUGGAAGCGCAUAUUCGUGCCAGGUCCUUGUGUGCAGGAGGAAGGGUCAUCUGAGGCGGUCCACAAUGCGCUACCCAGUAAUAUAAUUUACACUGAGGUCUCGCCGAUAAUAUUUAUGCGCGCACAAAAAACACCGGAAGAGCAGCGGGGCAUGCGUGAGGCGCACGUACGUGAUGCGGCUGCCAUCUGUGAGGCAAUGAGUUAUUUGGAGAGUAGAUUCUUCCUCGAACAGUGGACCGAGGAAAAAAUUAGAUACGAAAUUGACCGUUCACGUCUCUCGCAAAAUAAUACACGCGGUCUUUCGAAGCGCAGCGUUGUUGCUUUCGGCGAACAUUCUGCACUGCCAUAUUAUAUUUCAAGCAAUGUCACCGAUAUAGAAGUAACCGAUCAGAGUCUAUUGGUUAUAGAAUCAGGGGGACAAUAUUACGAAGGCACAACCGAUAUGUCGCGCACAUUUAUUUUCGGCGAGCCAACAGCCGAAAUGAAGCAUGCUUAUACCACUGUUUUAGCGGGUAUGUUGGAGUUGUCUAAGUUGCGUUUUCCUUCCAAUUUGCGCGCAUCUGGUGUGGAUGUGCUCGUGCGACGUUUGGAAUGGGAAGAUAUGGUCGACUAUCCACAGACGUCGGGCAGUGGUAUUGGCGCAUACGGCGCGGUAAAAGAACCGCCAAUAUCUAUAGCUUACGGUCAAGAAGGCUCAUAUCACUUCAAGGAAGGUUACUUCUUCUCAAGCGAGGCUGGCUUUUACCAUGCCGGUGAGUUUGGUGUGCGUCUGAAAAUCGUCUUGGAGGUGGUGGAUACAGGUAAAACGCAUCCAAAUGGCAUGAAGUUUUUGGAAUUUCAUCACGUGACUUUGGUGCCCUUCGAACCGAAGCUAAUCGAUCCAACGCUGCUAAAUGCAAUGGAGAAACGCUACCUGAAUGAGUACAAUGCUAAGGUACGGGAACUCGUCGGUGGCGAACUAAAACGUCAGGGCAAUAUGCAGGCCUUCUAUUGGAUGAUGAACAAGACACGUCACAUACGAGAAUAUCUACCGGAAGAGGAUUAUCGCGCGGCGCGUGGUUCCGGCAGUCGCAUACGUAGUUUUCUAACCGUAACAGUGCCAGCACUGUUAUUGGGCAUAACUGUGCUUUGUACUUUCCUCAAGUGGUUGUUCUAGUUUAAAAUAUACAUAUAUAUGUAUAAGUAUAUGUUAAUUAAAGUAAAGUAAAUAUACAUACACGUAUAUGUAUAUGAACAUUAUGUAUGUAUGUAUGUAUGUAUGUAGCUAUUAUCAUUAACUAAAUUUAUCAGAAUCUAAGAUUAACCUUAUGUAUUUAGUAAAAUUCUAUGUUUAUUUUGUAAAAUGUGUAGUGAAAUAAUUAACUGCGAACAAGUUUGGUACAAUUCUGAAUACAUAAAUAUGUAGGUUUAUAUGUAUUCGAAAACAAAUUCUAAAAACUAUUCUUGUUAAACAUUUUAUGAAGUAAAAACGAUGUGCCUAAUUCUCACUGUGUAUUUAGUUUUAAGAUUGUAAAUAAUGUACGAAGUGCGUGUGGAACAUGACCAGACGAAAAUGUGAAUUCAUACUGAAUGCAUUAUUUUUGUAAUAAAAUCAAACUAAUUACUUAAAAAUCUCGA